AUGUCCGGUAACACUCAUACAACUCAAAGUGAUGCACAAGCACAAAACAUCACUCGACCUGGUACUCGUAACCUUAGCGACAGUAGUUCUGGUGGAUCAGUCUCUGUUGGCAAUUCCAGCAGUGGCAUCGGUUCUGCGUCAAGCUUAGUUACUGUUAAUAUGAUUCGCCCGGAUCUAGCAUUACAAGCUCUAAACAGAGCUGAAAGCAUCUUAACUUUGAGGCAUGCGUUUUCCAGACUGGAAAAUAUUUGGGGUGUACCUGCUGGACCUAAAGCAACUAAAGUGUUGGCAAAGAGAAUCAGAAGGCUUCUAAAGUCGUUCAUUGAUUCAAAUGAUAUCGAUGAAGCGACAGAGGCGUUGCUGGAACUGGAUGCUCCACAUUUUCAUCAUGAACUAGUUUUCCAGGCUAUUGUAAUGGCUAUUGAAAUAAGUACUCAACUUGCUCGUGAACGUGUCAUUUCUUUGUUAAGUGAACUGUGUUCUUCAGUAUAA